UAAUUAAUAUCAUAUUUUUUUAUUAAUUAUUAUAAUAAAUAUAGUUGAUACUUUACCAUUCGGUGGAGUUGGUUUUAGUGGUAUGGGACGUUAUCAUGGAAAAUAUGGAUUUGAUACGUUCACACAUAAAAAAUCUUGCCUUGGAAAGGAUUUGAAACCUUUAGGAGAAUUGCUUGCUUCUGGACGUUAUCCUCCCUAUUCAGAUCGUAAAGCAUCACUGCUUGGAUUUCUGCUACGUAAACGUCGUCCAUUCCCAAAUUUAUAUUUAUCAUAUAUCAUAACAUUCGGUUUAGGUAUUGGAUUUGCAUUCUUAUUAAAUCACUACUUACAGGGUAAAAUUUUUUCACGCACGUAUUAGCAAAAUCAUAAAAUUUAUUGGGAGCCGGAUUAGUCAAACGCAUUUGCAUCCAAUACAAGUAAUGAAUAUAUUAUAUUGGUAAAAGGAUUGGUUUCAUAUUUCUUACACUUUGCAUAUGGAUAUUUAAACACAUUUACAUAUUAUAUUAAUUUUGUUUUUGUUAUUAUUAAAAAAAAAAAUUAUUAUUAAUCUAUAUGUAAGCCUCAAAGCAAUAUGUUUGUGAAUAUAAAAAUUAUAUAAUUAAAAAUG